AUGGUGUCGAACACGAUUGCCGCUACAAAAUCAACUCGCUCGUUUUCCAACAUAGGCACGAGCGUUCACGGGGCUUACGGCCAAGAGGUCACAGACGAGGACAUCGAAGACGUGGCACGAAGGAAGAUUGAGAACGAGGUUCGACGCCAUAGUGACCGGUUCGAGUGGCACGAAGACGGUAGCAUAAGCGUGACGCACAUAGUCCGAGCCAUCCGGACCCACGAUCCCACAGGAGCAACGGGGUUCUUUCCGAGAGCGUCACUUCGUUCGGCUUGGGGGCGCAGCAGGCACCAUGGUGCGACGCGGCCUCCCUUCCGCGGUGACGAUGGAUCGUACCACCCUCCUCCGACAUAUGGCGACGGCACGCCGAUCGACGUAAAGGUCUUGGACCUACUACUGAAGCUAGCAGAGGACGGCGCCGUCGACGUCGAAUGGGAGAAGGAAGACCUGGUGCUCCUCGACAAUUAUGCAGUUAUGCACUCCCGAAAGCCGUGGAACGGCACGCGUCAAGUUCUCGCCGCCCUUUGGGAUGGCGACGGCAGGAUGAGGGACUUUCCAGAAGGUGUCGAGUGCUGA